CGCACGGAACAGUUCAGACUGUUGCCGUUGUUCAAAUACAGGAUAAAAAUAAAGCAAAGGUAUUGACUUUUGACGCUCGGAAGCCCUGCAUAGCGACGUGGCUUGUUUACCAUUAUACUAUCAUCUUAUCGGUAUUGAUUGUUUCGUUGUUUUGGUUGCAGCAGCAGUGUGAUCUGUUUUCACAUACUAGCCAGACUACUUCAGUUACAGUCAUCAUGGCACUCAGCAGGUUAAACACUUUUACCACCAAAUCUAGUCUUUUCAGGCAACAGCUGCCACAGAAUGUGAAAUGUCUGUCAAACCUUAUACUCGGGGAGCCUUCUGGCCCCAGUGUCAAAACACCCAUUCCAGGCCCAAAGUCCAAAGAGAUGAUUGCCGAAUUGAACAACAUUCAGUUUGCCAACACAGUCAUCUACUUCACCGACUACAACAAAAGCAUAGGCAACUACAUUGUUGAUGUUGAUGGCAAUGUGUUGCUGGAUGUCUACACUCAAAUCUCAUCUUUGCCAUUGGGCUACAAUCAUCCUGAUAUGCUCAAAGUCCUGCAAGAUCCAGACAAUCAGAGGACUUUCAUCAACAGGCCAUCACUAGGUCUGUUUCCAGGACAAGGCUGGCCGCAAAAGCUAACAAGUAGUCUGAUGGCAGUUGCUCCUAAGGGACAUACUCAGGUUACAACAAUGGCAUGUGGGUCUUGCUCGAAUGAAAACGCCUACAAAGCCGCGUUCAUGUGGUAUAGAAACAAACAACGUGGCGGAGCACCUAUUACCGAAGAAGAAAACAAUAGCUGCAUGAUGAACGUCGGACCUGGCUCAACGCCGUUUACCAUAAUGUCGUUUAAGGGUAGUUUCCAUGGCCGAACCAUCGGUGUACUUUCUACCACUCAUUCGAAGGCGAUUCAUAAGCUGGAUAUCCCCGCUUUGGAUUGGCCAAUUGCCAGUUUUCCGCGUUACAAAUAUCCACUUGAAGAUCACAUAGAAGAGAAUAAAGCCGAAGAUCGCAAGUGCUUGGCGGAAGUCGAAGAGCAAUUCGAAAAGUACAACAAGGCUGGAAAGUUCGUUGCUGGCGUCGUCAUCGAACCCAUUCAAGCCGAGGGUGGAGAUAACCACGCAUCACCGGAAUUCUUCCAAGAGCUCCAGCGCAUCACCAAAAAGAAUGGCGCAGCACUCAUCGUUGACGAGGUUCAGACUGGUGGUGGAGCUAGCGGAAAAUACUGGUGCCAUGAACACUUCCACUUGCCUGAACCGGCAGAUUUCGUCACAUUCAGCAAAAAGAUGCUCACUGGAGGAUACUACAGUUUACCCGAAUUCAGGCCUCAGCAGGGGUACAGGAUUUUCAACACAUGGAUGGGUGAUCCGUCCAAAGUGCUCUUGUUGGACAAAGUCGUUGAAGUUAUCAAGCGUGACAACCUAUUGAGCGUCGUUCAAGCAUCUGGUAAAAAACUAAUGGAUGGUCUAAUGGACAUGUCGAAACGUUAUCCUCAACAUCUGAAGAACGUGCGAGGCAUCGGCACUUUCUGCGCUUUUGAUUCCAGCAGCGUCGAGAAGCGUGACGAAAUUGUAGCCAAAUUGAAAGAAAAGGGUGUUCAGUCCGGUGGAUGUGGCGAUCUGUCGCUGCGCAUACGGCCAGCUCUUGUGUUCCAGCCAUAUCACGCCGAUAUCUUCCUCCAUCAGCUAGAGAAGGUUUUGAAGAAAAUCAAAACUGCCUAAGGAAUUGCUGCCAGUAAUUGGGAGAGAAAAACAUAAGGAAGUGCAAUAUCAUUUUGCAAGUGCAAACUUUUCAAUUCUUUUCGCUCUCAUUCAACUUUAUUUGUCUUUGAACCUUUUGAAAUUUAUUUUGUGUUGUCGUCUAUUACUCGUUCUUCUUCAAUACAAUAUUCCGAAGGUCUUCCAUUCCA